AUGGGGUUCGGCGGUAUCCUCGAAGAUUCCCACCUACCUCACGUUCCUGGUACUGUCAUCCUUAACGAAGAGGCCGCUCAUUCCGAACGAAUCACACGCGCACUUCGACAUGGCAAAGGCAGAAACGCUGGAGUUGUUCUUGCACCUCAACCUUCGGAAGACCCGAACGAUCCUCUCAACUGGUCCAACACAAAGAAGAUCACCAUCGUUACCAUUCAAGCCCUAGGCGUUAUCCUCUACGCAGGCACAGUCGGGCCAUUGCUCAACGCUGGGCUCUCGACAAUCUCAAAUGACUUUGGAGUCCCAAUUGGAGACAUCACAGUCAUCUCUGGCUAUCAGUUGCUGGUCGCUGGCUGCUUUGGUCCCCCGGUCUGUGCAUUCUCGAGAAAAUAUGGCAAGCGCCCACUUUUCGUGCUCUCUUCUAUUCUGGGCGUGGUGGGAACCAUCAUCGGGUCUGUAUCAAACAGCCUUGAUUCCCUCCUAGCUGCUCGUAUUGUUCAAGGUUUCGCGAUUGCGGCUUACGAAUCACUGGUCAUCACUGUGAUUGGCGAUCUGUUCUUCGUCCAUGAACGUGGCUUGUACGCGUCGAUCGUCAACUUCCUGAUUUGUGGCAUCUCCAACUUCUCAAGUGUUAUUACAGGAACGAUAGUGACGAAUCUAGGUUGGAAGUAUCUGUUUCACAUCCUGAAUGCUUUUGUGGCGCUUCAACUCAUCCUUCUGUUUUUGUUCUGCCCAGAGACCUCCUACGUUCGAGACAAGCAAUAUGAUACCGAUGAGAUUGCAAAUGUGGAUUUCGAGAAGCUUGGAGAGGCCGAACACCGUGACGAGCUGGAGAAGACUGUAACCUCUGGCUCUCGAGUCACGGCUCUGCCUGCUCCCAAGACGUUUCGACAAGAGCUGGCAAUAUUCACUGGCGUCUACACGGACGAGAACUUAUUCCAACUGACCAUCGGGUCCUUUGCUGUCUGGACGAACGUGGCUGCUGCCUGGGUAAUCAUUGCAGUGGGAGGCUCGACCGUCCUCUUUGUCGCAGUCGCAUUCGUGCUUGCCCAGAUCUUCACUUUGCCUCCAUACAACCUCAACGCCUCGGGUGUUGGCUACUUAUCCUUGGGUCCGUUCGUUGGUGCUAUCAUUGGCUCCUUGAUCAUGGGAUUUGUUCUUGACCCCUUGAUCAAAUGGUUCAGCAAACGCAAUGUGGGAACUUACGAGCCAGAAUAUCGUCUUGUGGUCAUGCUUGGAGGUCUGCUCAUGGGAGGUGGGCUCAUUGCAUGGGGAUACAUGGCUGAACAUGGCAUUAAUCUGUACGCUUGUGCCACGGUCCAUGGUAUCAUUCUAGUCGGGGUCGUGUCUAUAUGUACCGCCGCCACAGCGUACGCGCUCGACGCCUAUCGCGACAUGAGCAACGAGAUCUUCAUCGCGAUCAUGCUGUUCAAGAACGUUGUUCUGUAUGGGUUUAGUGAGUUUGUCAACAACUGGACCGCGUCUGCCGGGCCAUUCGUCGUCUAUAGUGUCUUUGGCGGGAUCGGGCUCGCCAUUGCAUUGGCAGCUAUUCCAAUCUAUGUUUUUGGCAAGAAAUAUCGAAGUUUUUGGGCUCGCCACAACCUCCUGGAGAAGUUUGGCGUCAAGACGCAUGCAGAGAUAUAA